AUGUCGUUCAACAACGGCUGUGAUUGUCGUUCCCACGAGUCGACUCGGCGAGCUCUUAACCCUCCGUGGCUGAGGAAAAGACGCAAACAACUGGCUGAGGAACGUGAGAAGGAAGAGCAGCGAUACAAACUCGCUAUGGCCACUGAGGCACAACAAGCUGAAGCGUUACGAAUCGAAGAGGAACGAAGAAUAGCCGCAGCAGAACGCGAACGUCUUGACGCGGCGAUCGCCACGAGAUUGUCGCGCGACGGAGGCGGAGCGAUGAUGGACACGCCCACAACGAGCAUGUCAACCGGUGGUUCUUCUAUUGAUUCGACUACCAAGCCGAAAGGAAAAUACGACUUGUCAACAUGGAGAUAUGCAGAGCUGAGAGAUACCAUCAAUACCAGUACAGAUAUGGAACUAUUGCUGGCCUGUAAGGAGGAAUUCCACCGACGUCUACGUAUUUACAAUGCAUGGAAAUCGAGAAAUCAAAGCCAACAAGAGAACGAGACCCCAAGAGCACCAAAUGCUGUCUAUGCCAAUGCACAAAUUUCAGAACGUACGGUGAUUGCACCACAAGUGAAUCCAGCUCUUAUUAUGCAAAGAUAUUUCAAAGUGCCAUUUUCACGUCCAGCUGAUAUC